CACUUGGAAAACAGUGCCUCCCUAAUGCACAGCGGACUCCCAGCCUGGAGCAGGGCUGCCCUGACAGGAUGGUUUCCUAGCAUUGACCUGUUCGUCAUAUUUCUCAAUUUAUGUACAGCUUAAGGUCUUUAAGUCAAAUAAACAGACUUCUUUUUAUCUAAUUCUGAAGAAUGAGUACACUCCAGGGGCUGCAAUCAGUUAUCAAAUUUAAUUUUCCCAUAGCCGGCACAUUUACAUAUAAGACAAGGCAAACACAAAUGUCCACACAAAGGACAAAAUCCAUCUCCUGCAGGACAGACAAUCAGACAACCAGACCAGAGAUUUUGUUAUUGAGAAUGUCUUGGAUUGCCCUGCAGACAUCCCUCAACCCUCGGGUCAGGCCCUGAAUAUGGCAUCCCGGAGACAGUUUCUGCCUGACCAACCGGAAACAAGCGCACACCAGAACUGAAACUACCUUUCUGACAACCCUAACGGGAAUAGAAACGCUACUUAAAGUGACUACCCUCUCCCCUGCUGAAGCACUGCACAGAAGAGGUUCAGGUGGCCACUCUGCUUCGCUGUUGAAGCUCCCAUGCUCAGUGCCGAGGGGGAGUCUCCCAUAGAACAGACUCCCGGUCCAGUGAAGACGCAGGGCCUGUCGUCACCAUGGAGCCAUGCCCCAAUGAGCAAUACUGGGACAACCUGUUGAACGUCUGCCACUCCUGCAGAUCCAUCUGCAACCAUCGGAUUCCACGUUCCUGUACAGCCUUCUGCAAGUCACUAAACUGUCACAAGGAGCAAGGCAGGUACUAUGACCAGCUCCUGAGGGACUGCAUCAGCUGUGCCUCUAUCUGCGGACGUCACCCUAAGCAAUGCACAUACUUCUGUGAGAACAAGUUUCGGAGCCACAUGACCCUACAAUCAGAGCUCAGGAGACAGAAGACUGGGAAAGCUGAAACCAAAUCAGACAACUGGGGAAGGUACCAGGGAUCAGAGAACAGAGGCUUAGAGGCAGGUCCAGCCACCCCAGGGCUGACACUGAGUACCGACCAGCUGGCCCUGGUCUACAGCAGCCUGGGACUCUGCCUCGGUGCCAUCAUCUGCUGCUUCCUCCUGGCCGUGGCCUGCUUCCUCAAGAGGAGCGGGGACCAGUCCUCCUGCCGGUGUCCCGCAGGGCUGUGUUGGUCCUGGGCCAAGUCCUCCAAGGGUUGCCAUCACCUAAACAUUUCUGCAAUAAAGUAACCUGUGCUUGCUGGACUCAAGUCUCCAAGAGCCCUUCUGUAGGAGUAAAACCUUCCAGGAUGCCGGCUCCUUCCUGACACUCAUUUUGGUCAUGUCUUCCCCUGGGGUGAUUCUGAAAGGCCCCACCUCCCAAGCUGCCUCCCUUGGCUCACUGCUCCCCUACAAUGCAGCUGCAGCCCCCAGUUUCCCAGGACAUACAUGUUUCCUAUCCACUCGGCUCCAGAGAGGGCUUGCCGACCUGUGGGGCUGGAAGCAAGCAGUGGGUGCGUGCUGCAGAGGGGGAGCUGCGGAAGGGCCCUCAGAGCAUGUGUGCCUACAGCCAUGCCUGGAUCUCGAGGGCAGGCAUUUCUGUUGGUUUUACAAAACCACUCCCCACUGUGCCUCCUCAGGAAGGGAAGGAAGGGCAGUGUGCACAUACCUGUGU